UGUAAGUUUCAGAAUUUCUGUGAUUUAACACAUCAUACAAAUCCAAAACCCCCAAAAAGGAGAAGACUCCAAAUCACUUCAAAAGUUUGGAUCUUCCUCUGCUCUGCUGCACUCUGUCUACAACGCAUUAAAUUCACCAAAUGCCCUUUUCAAUCAACCAUUUAUAACCCUUGAUUGUACCAUUUAUUCCUCAAGAUCUCCCACUUCCAAUCAUAUCUCUCUCUCUUCCCCCUUCUUUUGUUUUUGUCCAACACCCAAAGAAAAAGGGAAGAGCCCAUUAGGAGGAAAGCUAUGGAGGUGGAUCAGCUGCAGAGGAGUUUUCUUGAAUACAGUCGUCUUUUGUUUCAUGAGGGGUUCUUGGAUGGUCAGUUCAGUCAGCUGCAGCUACUUCAAGAUGAGAGCAACCCUGAUUUUGUGCUUGAAGUUGUGUCCCUCUUCUUUGAGGAUUCUGAAAGGCUUCUCAAUGAUCUCACCAUAGCAUUAGAUCAGCAGAAUGUAGACUUCAAGAAGCUAGAUGCUCAUGUUCACCAGUUCAAAGGCAGUAGCUCAAGCAUUGGUGCUCAGAGAGUCAAGAAUGUCUGUAUCGCUUUCCGCAACUUGUGUGACGAGCAAAAUGCUGAAGGGUGCCUGAGAUGCUUGCAACAAGUGAAGCAAGAGUACUUGCUAGUCAAGACCAAGCUCGAGGCCCUACUACGGUUGGAGCAACAGAUUGUGGCAGCUGGAGGAGCAAUUCCCAUGUUGAAUGAAUUUUGUUGAGUCAAAUGGAAGUUGUACUGAGUGGUGGAGGAGGAAUUUUCUUAUGAGUUCUUAUGUUGAAUCUAUCACUUUGGUUAAGGCUAAGGUUGUUGUUGUAUGGGAUUGCAUCAGAAGUGAUUGUUCUUCUGCUUCUUUGUCUGAACCGUGGAAAAAAUCCUCUGUCAAUAAUCCAUUUCGAUUGUCUUCUUAUC